UGUUAAUAAGCACCUACCUCAAAUAGCUGAAUACAGUAUUGAGUCUAAUGGAUGUCUACUUUAAUGUGUUUUAUAAUCUCUGAUCACCUUUAUACAGGUGGAGUCCGCUGCCUAUCAAUUCUGAAUGUUGUAUUUGCCAUCAUUUUUGGACUUCUUGCACUAUUUCUUGGUUCAACGCUCCUCACAUUAGGAAGCAGCUGCUCCUUGCCCUUGUUUUGGUGCUAUGAGGUUGCCUCGUGGGGGCUGGUCAGUCUAUAUGGGGGAACUGCAUUCUUUUUAAGAAGGAAAGCAGCUGCAAUUCUGGAUGAGAGUGACUUUGCUGGUCGGAAUCUUGGGUUGGAAAUGUUGGAAGCGAACCCGGUGGAAGUCACAUCAGAUGUGGAGAGGCGAGUUAAUGAAGGUUUUAAAGCAUGGAUGGGUUCAUCUUUCCUUUCAUCGGAUGAAGAAGAUGAAUCCGAUAACUACCAGGAACAGGAAGUCCCCCAUCUGUCACAUACUAACUCCUACAGGCAAAGAUUGUGAUGUUAUCCUUCAUCAAAUUUUCUGCAUUUCUCAUCUUCUGAACAACUUCUUCCACGGCCUUUGGAAUCAUUUGAUUUAAAGGUAAAUCCUGGUAUGUUGAGAGGGUCGGCUUUUUAGCAUGGUUUAUAUGAAACUUGUAUACACGAAUGAUGAACCAAUGCUAAUGAUGAGGCAUGGAUGUAUAUGGAAUCAGAAGGCAUCAUCAGUCAUUUUUAGGUGAUUUUCAUAGUUUGUGAAAAGAUUGCCAGUGUAGUUGUAUUUCUGUGCGUUAAAAGCCUUGGUCAUGGCAAUCGAAGCAUUUUCUGUUUCAUGUUGAGCUUUGUACUCAAUUUCACUACUUUAGUAAUA